AUGACGGGUGGAACGACAGACGAGCCAUGGCCCGAAUUUGUGCUCCCGACCGUAGAUCUGGUAGCCGGCUCGCUGGCUGGAGCAGCACAGGUCAUAGUGGGUCAGCCUCUGGACACGGUUAAAGUGCGAUCGCAAAUCGCUGCACCGGGCGUGUACCGAGGGCCGAUGGAUGUACUGCUGCAGACCGUCCGCAACGAAGGCCUACUGGCGCUCUACAAAGGUAUGGCUUCACCGCUGCUUGGUAUCGCAGCACAGAAUGCGUUGCUGUUUACGGCGUUUCAGUCUGCCAAGCGGUGGAUCUCCCCCCAUACGCAAAACCUGUCGACUGCUCAAAUUGCUGGAGCAGGUGCGGUUGCGGGAGGGAUCAACUCCAUCCUUUCGGCCCCGGUGGAGCUGUUCAAGAUUCGAAUGCAGGCCCAAAUCAGCUCAUCAAAGAGUGCGCCGCAGAAGCUGUCGCAGGUGGCACGGGAGGUUUAUACGAAGUACGGCAUGCGGUCGGGUGUCAUGCGUGGAUUCUGGGUCACGGUGAUGCGCGAAAUGCCCGCCUACGCAGGGUUCUACACCGGCUUCGAACUGGCAAAAGCCUCCCUCCGCAAGAACCUCCCCUCGUCAACAACGGCAAAUGGUACAACUCUGCCAGUCUGGGCUUUGAUGGUCUCGGGUUCGUGCGGCGGCAUUUGCAACUGGCUCGCUUGCUAUCCCCUCGACGUCCUCAAGUCGCGCAUCCAGCUAUCCAAUGCCCCGCUGCAGAAAGGUCUCGGCGGUCCACUGGUGUUCAGGUACAUCUCCCAAAGCGCCAAGGACAUCUACGCUGCAGAAGGCGUGCGCGCAUUCACGGUCGGUCUCUCCCCCACGCUCCUCCGAGCAAUCCCCGCAGCCGCAGCCACGUUCACCACAUUCGAACUCGUCAAAGACGCUCUCGAGAAGCCAUGA